UAAAAACUACAGUAACCAGCAUGCUUUGCGCCUUAAAGGAAUCAUUCAGCUGCGGCUAACCACCGAUGCUAAAUAGCAAAUUAGCUUACGAGGUCUGACUAUUAGCCUUCUAGUUACGUUAUUAGUGAGUUAAUGAAAUAAACGUUGAGACAGAAUGCCAGAAGGAGACAGUGCCGGUGAAUCCAUCCAUGGGAAACCAUCAGCGAUCGGAAACUUCUUUAAACGGCUCGGGCAGAUUUAUCAGUCAUGGUUGGACAAGUCAACACCGUUCUCAUCAGUCCGAUGGGCAGCCACUCUUAUUCUAACGGCCAUAUAUAUGAUCAGAGUAUAUAUACUACAGGGGUGGUACAUAGUCACAUAUGCUCUUGGGAUCUACCACCUAAACCUCUUCAUUGCGUUCCUCUCACCAAAAGUGGAUCCCUCAUUGCUUGAUGAUCCAGAUGAGGGUCCAGCACUACCCACAAAACAGAAUGAAGAGUUCCGGCCGUUCAUCAGGAGGUUGCCAGAAUUCAAAUUCUGGCAUUCAGCGACGAAAGGCAUCGUCAUCGCUAUGAUUUGCACAUUCUUCGAAGCCUUCAACGUGCCAGUGUUCUGGCCCAUCCUCGUAAUGUAUUUCAUCAUGCUGUUCUGCAUCACCAUGAAACGGCAGAUCAAGCACAUGAUCAAGUAUAGAUACCUGCCCUUCACACAUGGGAAGAGGACUUACAGAGGCAAGGAAGACUCAGGGAAAACCUUUGCUAGUUAAAAUUCCCCUUCCUGAAAUUAAAGUUAUUGAUGAAGAAUGGUGCGUAAAGGGGGUUGAGGUUUUUUUUUUCUCUUUUGCUUUUUCUUUUUCCGAGUAAAGAAAAGCCAAGCCUGUUGAAAAUUUUGAGCGACAUUGAUACUGUAAUGCUGCCUUUAAGCGUUUGGGGUUUGGGCCUUUGAGAAAUGCUGUUGAGAGCUUUUACACUGGCAAAUUUUAAUAUAUUUGGACAACUAAGUAUGAGAUUUGACUCUUUAUUUUCUCAGUGGUCCCCAUUCUUCUUCAAACCUAGAGGAUUUGAUAGACCGUCUUCUCCAGUAUAGAUUUUAAAAUGGUAGUUCGCAUGAAAAUGCUAAUUUUUCAAUCAUUUACCCACCUUUGUGUCAUUUUCAAUCAAUAUGGCUUUUUUCAGUGGAAAACAAUAGAUGAUGAUGUUUAGCGGAAUGCACGUACUGUAAUUUUCCAUAGCUUUACUGUUAUGGAAAAUAGCAGCAUGAAUGGAAAUGAAUAUAUGAAUAGCAGCAUGAAAAAUCGUAUUGGUUUGGAAUUAAAAGAGUGUGAGAAGUGAACUACUACAUGAUUAUUUACAAACAUGGGAAUAUAAUAUAAAAUAGCGGGAAGAGUUGUCAUUUGUAUAAUUAAUAUUGAUGGGGAAAAAGCCUAUUUCAUCAUUUUAUGACCCCCAUGAUGAGAGAGAGCGUUUAAUAUUCAUACCGUGCUACAUUUGGUGUCCUCCAUAGUUAAUAUCAUUAGAUUCAGUAUUCAGAUGAAAGCAAGACGCUUCCACGAGAGCAGAGAGUUAGUGGAGUUCCAUCUUGCCACAUGUUAAUAUUUGCCUUUUAUGAACAUUUGUAAUUCUCUUAAUGUGCUGUAGCAUUGUAUUUAAUUUUUGUACAUAGUUGCCUACCUUAAUCACUUCCAUCAGUGCUGUUUGUAAGUUAUUCUUCAGUAGUUUAAAACCCCCUCACCUUGUACAUCAGGUUUUUUAAAGCAAGCGUGCAUUCCAUUAAAAUAGUAUGAUACAAAAAUAUUGGCUGUAUGUUUUUAUCGUUUAAGCAUUCCCAGUAAAAACUUUCUCUCUUUUUUCUU